GUGUAAGGAAGUGAUUAAGCAUCAUACACAGACCUGUAUAAGAUUCAACAUAACCUUCUCCUAACAACUCAAGUUAUUGGGAUCAACUGGUUUAUUACACACCGCACCAUCUUUUAUUAUUGUUUUGCUGUUGUGUCGAGGAUUAAAAUAUCGCAUAUUUACGAAUCAAAGGCAUGGUUAUCACGCCAUCAACCCCUUCUUGAAUAUUAUAUACAAGUGUAGAUGACAUUAAUGCUGGUUUCUCAGAGUCAGCGUCAUCGAACUAGACAACAAGACACAUUACAUUACAAGAGAACCAGAGGAGAUCGACUACCUACUUAAUUACUCUAUAUAUAUGAACGUAACGAUCGACACUAUAUUGCCGGCGACUAUAUGCCAUCGGAUCUCAAUUUUUCCGGCCGUUCACAACCGAGACCGAUGAAUACAAGGACGCCCCGACAAAAUACAUAUCACGCACGUACGGCACAAAACGAAACGCUAGCUGGUCGCUUAAUCAAUUGAUAUCUUUCGUAGAAAUUCACGACAAAUAAUCAUCGCAACGAUCUCCAAACUCAGCGCCAGCUAUAUAUCUAAGCUAGCUGGUCUGGUUCCUGCCUUGCAACAUCGCCGUCAUUGCUUCCUUAUGGCUUCUUUGUCCCCAGCGACGCGGAAAGCCCCGAUGGUUUAGCAUCGACGGACACUUAAUAAUAACUUAAAUAGUUGAUUAGUGAUGACUUCUCCAUGCUUAAAAUUGAUUUACGACAUGUCGAUCAUGGAGAUGGAGACUCGCUAAUUACCCUGCACUAAUACAAAUUAAAUCACCAGUAACACACAUAAAUUAUAUAAAUUAUGGAUAUCGUGGGCAUCGAUGCCUCGAGGUCAUGGUGACAUACAUAACGAGAUUAGUUUGCAAAAUUUCACAACUAAACAAAACAUAUGAACUUGUACACUUAUGGAAUAUACGAUACUCAAAACGAUAUGAUCGUUGGAUGUACUUCGUUGUACUUUAGUGAAUGGGGAGUGUUACUAUUUUAUAUUAAAUUGAUAUUUGAGUUUGAGAUUUAAAAAUCGGGACAUAUGAUUUAUUUAUAUGAGAUUAUGGUAUAAUCUCAUACAUAAACUCUUAUGUAAUUUUUGGUCUAUAUACCGAUAUAAUACUGAUAGUAUCUCAAAUAUCAUAUACUUAGAAGAACAUCAAUCCAAACCAAAAUGUAUAUACGGAAAUGAAGUAAUUAGGUAGGGACGACAUUAUUGUUUACUAUUGAUGUGUAUCAUUAUUCCCACUUUGACUUGAGAAUCAGUAUUAUUAUUAUUAUUAUUAUUGUACGGUAGGGAUCAUCUAAAUUAUUGUUGAUGGGUUGCUACGAAUUGGUGGGAGCUUCCAUUCCAUCUAUGAAAUUGGGAGGUCUUGGUCUCUCGUGACGACUAACCAUAUAAAUUUUUUUUAUUAUAAUUUUAUAAUAAUAAUAAUUGAACAAUCAGAGACAGCAAAUGAUAAUGGAAUGGCGGAAAAAUUAAUUGCCGGUCGCUAUUAUUUACCCUCCAUAAAUAACAUACGUUAGCAUGCAUCAUGAAUAUAUAUUUUCGUCGGCCAAAAGAAGAAGAAGUGAGAGAGAAAGAAAAAAAAAAGAGUAUUAUCGUAUGAAUAUGGAACAAGUGGACUCCUCACCGGCCGGCAACCACCACCACCACGCACUUCUCUUCCCUUUCAUGUCCAAAGGCCACACCAUCCCGCUCCUCCACCUCGCCCGCCUCCUCCUCCGCCGCCACAUCACCGUCACCGUCGUCACCACUCCCGCCAACCGCCCUUUCAUCUCCCAAUCCCUCUCCUCUACCGCCUCCGCCGCCAAUAUCCUCACCAUCCCUUUCUCCCACAAUAUCCCCGAAAUCCCCGCCGGCACCGAGAGCAGCGACGCCCUCCCUUCCAUGUCCCUCUUCUACCCUUUCGCCUCCUCCACCGUCGUCAUGCAGCCGGCCUUCGACGCGGCGAUCGAAACCCUCACCCCUCCCGCCACCUUCAUGGUCUCCGACGGGUUCCUGUGGUGGACCCUGGAGUCCGCCAACAGGAUCCGCAUCCCGAGGCUCGUGUCCUUCGGGAUGUCCGCCCACGCCAUGUCACUCGGCAGGGCGGUGGGCGAGUCGGGGAUUCUGUGGGGACCAGAAUCCCACGAAGAGCUCAUCGCCCUGCCGCAGUUCCCGUGGAUGAAGGUCUCCAAGUCUGACUUCGAACCUUUCUUUUACGAUCGCGAAGCGCAGCAGGGAGUUGACUUUGACUUUGUCAUGUUGGCCUUUGGUGUUGCCGCUCAGAGCCACGGGUUCGUGUUGAACACCUUCUACGGGCUGGAAAAAGCUUUCGUUGACUACGUCAACUCUUCCGAGGGACCGACUUCCUGGUGCGUCGGGCCUUUGUGCUUGGCCGAGCCCAUGGACGGAGAAGUUUCGGGCCCAAGGCCCACAUACAUGGAUUGGCUCGACCAGAAGUACGUGGAAGGAGAGUCGGUUUUGUUCGUAGCUUUUGGAUCUCAGGCUGAUAUCUCGUUAGAGCAGCUAAAGGAAAUAGCCGCAGGGUUGGAAGAUUCAGGAGCUAACUUCUUGUGGGUUCUACGAGAUAAAGAGGCUGGAUUACUUGGCAAAGAAGAAGUAACAAGAUUUGAAGAGAGGGUUGAGGAGAGAGGGAAGGUGGUGAAGGGAUGGGCGAAGCAGAGGGAGAUACUAGGUCACAAGAGCGUGAAAGGGUUUAUGAGCCACUGCGGGUGGAACUCGGUGAUGGAGAGCGUGUGCGCCGGAGUUCCGGUGGCGGCUUGGCCGAUGGCGGCGGAGCAGCCGAUGAACGCGAGGAUGGUGGUGGAGGAGAUGAAGGUUGGGGUGAGGGUGGAGACGUGUGAUGGGUCGGUGAGGGGGUUUGUGAAGAGAGAUGGGGUGACGAAGGCGGUCAAGGAGCUGAUGGAAGGUGAGAGAGGGCGGAAGGCGGCGGAGAGAGCGGCGGAGUUGGGAGAGGCGGCGAGGGGAGCCAUGGAGGAAGGGAGUGGGUCUUCUUGGGUUAGCUUGGAUAAGUUGAUUCAUGAGACCAUGGUUGGUGUAAAUAAGAUGGAGUAAAUACGGAAGAGAUAUAUCGCAUUUGAUCUUUAUAGGUAGAAAAAAUAACAUUACAGUAAGGGAUAAUAAAAUAUUUUACGAGUUGGUAGAACAGAAAUAUUUACUCACUUAUUGUCCAUGGUAUUUGCAGGUCCAUUUUGUGAUGUGUUUGAUCUUUGAUUUGAUGUAAUUUUGUAAAGAAGUUGUCUGUGGAUAUUAGGGAUGCCAAUUUGAAUUUGUUAUGUCAGUUAUAUUACUCGAUCUAAUGCCAUCACUGAUGGAAAUAGCUCUUACACCCUAGGGACCUGCAUGGCUACAUGUUUAAUGAACCAAAACAAGGUUAGAUCAGGCUCGGCCUGAUGGACUUGGAUCCCCAAACAUUAUCUAAGGGGAGAAAAACGGUCAAUGUCAGAUUGGCAUCCACGGACGGACCACAGAUUGGAUUUAUUAUAGGCCUUGUUAUUCACACGUUGCAGGCUUCUUUUAACUGAGCCCUUUUGCUAAUCCUUGUUAUUCACACGUUGCAAAAAAAAUGAAGUAACAAUAAAAAAAACAAAUGCAAUUGCAAAUGACAUUGCACCAAUAGAGAUACUCUAAGUGGUUGGGGUUCAUACUUGAUAUGCAACAAAAAAAUUAUUGCUCAACAAAAUUUCCACCUCAUGACCGAAAUCCGAGAGCAUGACGUGGCUGUCCUCCCUCAACAAAAUGUUCUCCGCCUUCAGGUCCCUGUAGACGAUCCCCAGUGCCUGGAGAUACUUUAGCGCACAAGCACAUAGGCAACGAAGAACUUCACCGCGACGAGCGAAUUUGAAUUGGUAAGGCUUAAAAUAAGAAAACGUAUAAUAUAUUCUUUAGAUUAGAUAGAUUUAGAUUGUUUCAUGCGAUAAUGAAGCAUGGGAUUCACGCUGAUGAGGUAUAUGGCUUAAUUGUCUAAAUAGAGUGUAGGUGGUUGUUGAACCGGAGGAUGGAGAUUAAAGUGGACAAAAAUAUCUCUUUAAAGGAAUUGUUAUUUAAAGUUUAAUGAAAGAGAUUAUAUCUCAAAAUUACCCAUUGGUCUUAUCUUUAUCCCUUGCAUAUUCCUAAAAAUAGAAAUCUCUAAGCGUCAGUAAAUUUUUAUGUUAUUU